AUGUCGAUCGUUCACCUUCAAAGCGUAGAAAUUCUCAACGCGGAAGCAAAGUUCGAAGACGCAUACAUCUUCAAAAUCACCUUCGAAUGCAUCUCGCCGUUGCAAGAUGAUAUCGAGUGGAAGUUGGUGUACGUUGGAUCGGCAGGAGAUGAAAAGUACGAUCAAGAGUUGGACAAUUGUAUGGUGGGACCUGUGCCAGUCGGGGUGAAUUCUUUCGAGUUUGAAGCAGCGGCGCCUUCACCCUCCAAGAUCCCACCUGAGGAUCUGCUGGGCGUAACCGUCAUCCUCCUAACAGCAUCCUACCGCGAUCAGGAAUUCAUUCGAGUAGGUUACUACGUCAACAACGCCUACGAGUCGGAAGAGUUGAGAGAAAACCCUCCCGAGAAGGUCGACCUGACCCAGGUGAGGAGGGAGGUGCUGGUGUCCAAACCAAGGGUCACCAGGUUCAACAUCAAGUGGGACGAUUCGAGCGUUCCGGCACCGGCGCAACAGACGGGUCAGGCGGAGGGGUUGAUGGCGUGA